GAUUAAAAAUUAAAUGCAUCGGAAGACCAAUUAAUUUAGAAAAAUACUAUCGAUUCGUUUAUUUUAAAUGAUGCUAGGCAAUGUGGCUGUCCAGGAGAAAAACAUAGUUUGUUUCACAUUAAAUUGAUAUGAAUUCAUUCAUUUCCUAAACGUCAUCCUCCACAACACGAACACCGGUAUGGUCUACUGCAAGCCUAUUGAAUAAUAGUGACGGUGAUGACGACAGCAUCCCCUCGACCGUCACGUCCAUGAUCUAACACCUGCACAGUUUAAGUGAUUAAUACAACUCUAUCGGACGCGGAUCGGUGGUGCUGCUUGCACUGUCUAUGCCCAAUGAUCGGUAUAGACGAACUGCCACCAUCUUAAAAUCUUUGAAAACAAAGUAGGAAAAUACAAUAAUUGGCUAUUUGUCAAUACUAAAGGGAUGUUUCUAUAAUUAGCCCGCUUCCAAUUGAGGAUAACAUCUACAAAAAAAACAGUCGUUUGGUUGGGGUUGCCUUUGUUUCCUGGUGAGAGAGGAGAGACUGAACUGAUGCUUCGUCGAACACCCACCCGAUCAUCAGAGUUGAUGGUAAACAUAAAAAAUGGGUAGAAUUGAACCUAAGCGGACGAUCUCCGAGGCUCAAUAUUGGACCAUCGACUCAUCUAUCUGUAAGGUCCUUAUAAAUAAAGCGAUGGGAUAAAAUAUAUUAGGAUAAUCUUGAAGGACCUUGACGGACAGAACCCGAUUAAACAGUCAAUAACCAUCGGACAGAGUCUGCCAUAGGAAUACAUCGAGGACCCAGGAACACAAACACACACACCAUCAUUCCUGAUGGCGCUUGAGAACUCUGUUUUCACCUUGAGCCCCGAGUCCCUCUCUCCCCCCGUGGUGGAGAAAGGGAAGGUGCUGGUGGAAGAGGCUUCCGAGGUGAUGGUGUCCACCGGAGUAUUUCAUGUGUCCGAGGAACUGGGCCAUGUGGUUACGACAGAUACCGCCCAUCCCUCCGCUAACAGAUCGUGGAAGUCCAAGCUGGCAGAGAGGCAGGCAAAUGCAGCAUCUGAUGAGUAUGUUAAGAAGCUGCCUCGGGUGAUGGAGAAGGAGAGGGGCAGAUUUGGCUGGGCUAAGAGACGUAAGAGGCAGCGCUAUGUGGAGAAGAAUGGCAGAUGUAACGUGUCGCAUGGCAACAUGAGGGAGACGUACCGUUAUCUGACAGAUAUCUUCACCACCCUGGUGGACCUCAACUGGCGCUGCUCUCUCUUCGUCUUCGUUAUGGCCUACGCCAUCACGUGGCUCUUCUUUGGAGCCAUCUGGUACCUGAUAGCUUACCUCAGAGGGGAUCUAGAUCAUCUGGAGGAUGAGACAUGGACACCGUGCGUCAACAACGUGAACGGAUUCAUCUCGGCCUUCCUCUUCUCCAUUGAGACAGAGACCACCAUCGGUUACGGCUACCGUGUCAUCACUGACCAGUGUCCAGUGGGCACCAUGCUGCUCCUGCUCCAGGCCAUACUGGGAUCUAUGGUCAACGCCUUCAUGGUGGGGUGUAUGUUUGUGAAGAUCUCUCAGCCCAAUAAGCGAGCGGAGACCCUGGUUUUUUCUAAGAAUGCAGUGAUCUCUCUGAGAGAUGACAAACUGUGUUUGAUGUUCCGGGUGGGGGACCUGCGCAGCUCCCACAUUGUAGGGGCCAACAUGAGGGCCAAACUCAUCAAGUCUAAACAGACUCAGGAAGGCGAGUUUAUCCCUCUGGACCAGACAGACAUCAGUGUCGGUUUUGAGACAGGGGACGACCGCCUGUUCCUGGUGUCUCCACUGGUCAUCUCCCACGAGAUUGACCACCACUCGCCCUUCUGGGACAUGUCUCAAGGCCAGCUGGAGAAAGACGACUUCGAAAUGGUCGUCAUCCUGGAGGGAAUGGUGGAGGCCACUGGUAUGACGUGCCAGGCGCGGAGCUCUUACCUGGCAGAUGAGGUCCAGUGGGGUCACAGGUUCAGCCCUAUGAUGUCACUGGCCGAAGGGUUCUUUGACAUCGACUAUGGCGCCUUCCAUCAAACCAUAGAGGUGGACACACCCUCCUGCUCAGCGCACGAACUCUCAUUGGCUGCGGCCCGAUUGGAGGCUCAUCUGUAUUGGUCGAUCUCCAGUAAACUGGAUGAAGAGAAAUGGGAGGGAUCUUCUCUGACCAACCAAUCAGGAAAGCAGCUAGACAAUGGGAAAGGAGGGGUUGUUGGUCCCACAUUUAUUGUCGGAGAGAUCACUAGAAUACAAGAGCAGUCAGGACCAGGAGAGUUGAAUGGUUGUGUCACCACCGACCAGUCAGAAUCAGAGGCCUAAAGUAGAUCUGGUAGAGUUCCAAAAUGGCGCCCUAUCCCCUAUACAGUGCACUACUUUUGAUCAAAGCCCUGUACUAUAUACGGAAUAGGCUGCCAUUUGGGACAUACUUUCAAUCAAUGUCAUGACAGGAGGACCCACAACUACAGUACUGUAAAUGAUUUUUAGCUAAUGUAUAAUAUACAGCCUAGAACAUUUGUUCCCAAGGGAGAGAUGGGUGGUUUAAAAAGGCUCAUUGUUACUUCAUUGCUUUGUUUAAUAACACUGACUAGAAAUGACAAAUUAUAUCAAUUACAUUUUGUCUUUAUGAUGUUUAAUUCUUACCAUGAGCGUCUGUGCUACACUAGAAUUAUAUUAUAUCUUCUAUUGUUAUUGCUCUAAUCACCUCUGCCAAUAUACAUGAUAUUAAUUAAUACACUGUUAUUUAAAAGAAUGAAGUAUUGACAAUUCUUAGUCAGGAAAUAGGAUGUUCAGCCAGGUAGGAUACUGAAAUGUUCAGAGACAUAGAAAGAGCAGCUUGUUUUGGAACAUUCUGGAACGUUCAGAGGCGGAAAGAGAAGCAUGUCAUGUGUUGGCUGAAUGGGAGAGACAAUGUUUAAAAAGGAAAGAUGUAUUACAGACAAUGGGAUAGUGUGAUAGAAGAGACCACGUAUGUUUUUCACUUUAACGUGUAUCGAGGAUACAAAGGAAUAAAUUGAAAUGGUAUCUCUAAUAGAUAGACGUGUACAUUAAGAAUGGAUGACGUUAUAAAACAACCUCCGUUUUGUGACUCUAAUAGAUGUAAAAUAAUUUCUGUGUUCACUUAAAUGUUCACAUCACAAGUACUGUAGCUUAUCGCUGACCCCAUCCCAAUAGGGUGAGUAGUGGAAGGAGUCAUCUGACAAGUUUUGAGAUAAAACCAAGCAUUUGCUCUCUUGGGAAUGUUUCAGUGCGCAAUUAAAUAUCUUCUUUCGCCAGCCUCAUAGGAUUUAAGCACAACAAUGUCCUGCUCAGCUCAGCCCAACCUCCUGCUUCUGCUGCUGUGUACAUUUGUGAGCAUUUUUAAUAUAGAAAAAUUCAUUCUAUAAGAAUUAAUAAACUAUAUUCCACACCAA